AUGAAAAUAGAUUCAAACUUAGUAGUUUUCAUCACUGGCGCUUCAAGCGGAUUUGGAAUUUAAGUUGGUUUAGACUUAUUAAAAAAGGGUUGUAAAUGCUAUCUUACUGAUAAAGAUGAUAUUGAACUUUAGCUUAUUAGCCAGUAUUCUAGUAGUCAAGUUGUUUUCAGAAACUUAGAUGUUACCAAUGAAGAAGGAAUCAAGAAAGCUAUUGAAGAUUGUGUUAUGACUUUUGGGCAUAUAGAUGCUGUAUUAAAUAGUGCAGGUAUUGGUUCUUUAGGAUGUAUCACAAGCGGAGAUUGUAAUAAUAAAGCACUUGAAAGGUGCUUAAACAUAAAUGUUAUUGGCACGUUUAAUGUUAGCAAAUAUGCAGCACUUCAAAUGGCUCAAUAGCAAAAGCAAAAUAAAGAGAGAAAAGAUUAUGCUAUUAUAAAUGUUGGGAGCAUUGCCUCUGUAAAUGCAUUAGAAAGGGGUACUAUAUAUGGUGCUUCAAAAGGUGCUGUUCUUUCUAUGACUAUACCAAUGGCAAGAGAUUUAGGAAAAUAUGGUAUAAGAGUAGUCUGUAUAUGUCCUGGUUUUUUUAAUACAAAUAUGGUAAAAUAAAUUCCAGAAGAAAAUUUAAAAAACUUAGCUAAAUUAAAUUGCCUUGGAAGGCAUGGUGAGCCUUCAGAAUUCAGUAGCGCCUUUUAAGCAAUAAUUGAAAAUACAUUCAUAAAUGGUACUCAUUUCUAAUUAGAUAGUUAGAUGGGUAUACCCAAUUUAUGA